GCCAUUUAUAGAAUUCUGAAUCGGUUAUACCAUCGUCUCACAACCAGGCCUGUGUAUAUUCGUAUCGAUGAACGUGGCCUUGUAAGAGCUGUAAUAUCACACACAGCAAAAUUGCAGUUGGCCAGGAAGCAGAGUGCAAUGCCAUCGCUCGCCGAUAUACCAAGGCCACUCUUUUCUAUAGGUUGUCACAAAGAGAGCUCUCAUUGUCACAACGCAGACUUCAUCGAACGAGGUCGCAUCAACCCUAGGACUGACAUAGUGACAAUAGGCCAAGAAAAUUACCGCUAUGCCGUAAAAUAUAUCUUCAAUCGGGAACAGCGAAGAAGGGUUUGGAACGAAUUGAAGAUGAUGCAGUCUAUCAAGCGAUACCCACAUAUACUCUCACAUGUUCAUGCUGUAAAACACAAUCGCGAUUAUGAUCAUAUCCUUGGUAUAGCAACUAGAUAUAUCCAAGAGGGUAAUCUUGAGCAGUGUAGAAGACGAUCACCUCGGUUCUUCUUCAAAUUGAAGUAUCUCAAACAACUUACACAGACUAUAGACUAUCUCCAUCUCAAUCUAGGUAUGAUUCCACCCAUAGACUAAAACGAUGUUUGUAGUUCCGACGACUAACCUGAUCAUAGGCAUAACUCACGGCGAUAUCAAGCUAAGGAGGAUACUGUUCGAUGAUGUACCUGACAACAUGGUACUCUGUGGCUUUGACUACUCCUCACGAAUCUCGAGGCUUGGUAUAAUCAACGACAUGCGGAUGCUAGUUUGGGCCAUGUAUGAGUUGGUCACACAGGACGUAUGGCUCAGAGGUGGUCGUAGAAUCGCCCCAGACACACAUUUAAUAACGAGUAAAGAAGAUUGGGAAAUAGCCGGAACACUAAUGUGUAAUGUCGGGUUUCUUCGACGGUUUCUUCAGGAUUGGAUUAACAGGCGUAAUGAAGAUCUGGAUGCCCAGCCAACGAAUCCAGUUGAUAUAGAUUGGGAUCCAUUGAAUCCACCUUUGGAUCCAGCGAUGGUAAGAAGCCCCAUAUCCGGGGCAGUCAAAGUGAAUUGGGAGAGACCGGCAUAAGUUUGUUUAAAAAAAAAAUUUUAAAAAAAAA